AUGGAUGGAUUCUUAAAUGCGCUUCACGAAGAUACCCCGAACCAGGGACCGAACUUAGGAGACAUCCGAACGCAGAUAUUUGCGAACAGCGAGACACUGCCCUCGCCGGGUCUGUUGUUGGGACCCAACGACAGCAUCGAGAAUUGGGCAACACUCGACCACCGCAUGGAAGCCGCCUUUCGGCAACUCCUAGUGACCCACGAAGCAACCCAUCUAAGGGUCCCUCCGGUCCAGUCGACGGCGGGUAUCACUCCCGUGGGCUCUCCUAGCGUCCACACGCCAGGGACCAGUGUCCCGGCCGGCCAAACUCUCCGAGUACCCUCAACGUUCCUGGGGCCAGCCCAAGCGCAUCUUUCCUGA